AUGAAAUUGCUGAGCUAUACAACAAAAGGGGUCAGCUGGACUAAGAUUACUACUGAACAAACUCACAACUAUUCGCCACCCGGGCAUAGGAGAAAGCACAGCGAGAUUGAGGGCGUACAAGCAGGCUUUUGCGCGGUAAUAGCGCUGCUUUCUCGAGAAAGGUUUGCGAAGCAGCUGUAUAAUGAACACCCCUGUUUCACAGUACCUACUACUACCAGUUCCCACGUUGAAGAAGCACAUUUGCCGGAAAGCGAUUCAGUUCCGAGGACUAAAUGAAGGAUAAAGUGCAGUGCUUCAUCAAGGACCUGACACCGAGUUUGUAUGACAUGGGCAUACAAAAACGGCCACACAUUCUAAAAAACUGCACCGUUCAAAAUAUCGAGUAUGUAUAAGAG